UCAAUAGUCCUAAGCUAUAUUUAUUUAUUUAUAUAUUUUUUAAUUCAAUAAAUUUUAUAAAACGGUGAUGUGGCGAUUGUCAGUGUUGCUGGUGGUCGGCGCCAUCGUUGCUGUAUUUGCUCAGGACUUCGGAACACCAAGAAACAGCAAUGAGUUGGUCGACAAUGUUCUACAGAGUUGUGUGGACACCAGUUGCGUCAAAUACAACGUUUUGAAGUAUUUAGAUCAUGUUUUGCAUAUGGAGACUGAUGCCAGGAGCAUUAAGAAUAUUGAUAAUGCCAUCUUCAAACGUGUGGCUAGAAUUGUAAAGACCCAUGAGUUUAAAAUGGAACUGCCAAGUUUCUUCGAAGGGUCUCAACUUGUAUACAACACCAAGGAUGGUCUUGAUAUUACGGAACCUACUACCGAAGAAAGAGCUCUUGGUUUGAAAAAGAAACUCCUCUUCCCAAUUCUUCUCCUUCUGAAACUGAAGAUGCAAGCACUCAUGCCAAUCUUUGUGGGUCUCCUCUACUUAAAAACCAUGAAGGCUCUCAUUCUCAGCAAACUAGCAAUUGUAUUGGUGAUUGGCUUCAUUGCCUAUCAACUCCUGGGCAAAGCAGGAAUGAAAAUGCCUCUUCCAAUGACAAUGUCCCCAAUGCCACCUCUAGAACCCCCAAUGUCAAUGUAUGGCCCACCUUCAACAACCAGCUCCUAUGAACCUGGUUGGGAACCAGCCAGUGGUGGACCCUACGCCCGCAUCUGGAGCAACUCAGCUUCCUCCGGUUCUGGUAGCCCAUCAUCAAGUUCUCUUUCUGACAGUGCGCAAAACAUCGCCUACUCCGCGUACUACCCCAGCAGUUCAUCGAGCGCUUCCACCUCUAGCCCAUAAUCACACACCAAAGAGAACCAAAGAUGUAACUUAUAUGUAUUUAUUUGUUUUGUUAUUGAUAAAAAUGAAACCAAGCGAUGCGAGAGGUUGAAAAUAAAAUAAUAUAUGUUAAGCCUUGGUUUGUAAAA